AGGUACUGGCUAGUGUUUCUCGUCGGCGGCUUGACUCGACAGUUUUCGCGGCGCGACAGGUUAGGUCCGAUCAUCUUCUCGUAAGAAUACGUCGAGUGCAGUGUUCGCUUUUACUCCAAGCAUUAAAAUACAAAUCCAACUGUGGAGUGUAAAGAAACAAGUUACGACCGACUGAGCGACGUUAAAUAAAAAAUUUUCCACUGCAGACAGUGCCAAAUUCGCGUAGAGAAUCGAGUCGGCGAGCGUGAAAUAAGCCUGCCAACUCGCCACGGCCAGCGUAGAAUGGUCAGAAAAUAAAGCAGUUCUCGUACUCCCGCAGCAUUACAGAUACAUCCAGGACGAAAGUGAGGAAGAUAGAAAACCGAGGAAAGACGCAGACAGAAGACAGCAGCCGUCCAGCGUGUACUAUACCUAUAUAUAUACGACACACACGGGGCUGCAGGCUAUAGGGACUUUCGGCGGGCAGCAGCGCAUUCGAAGAGCAAGACGGCAAGCCAAAACAGCUGAUGCUGUGCGACGGACACCGGCGAAAUGUCAAGGUCCAAGCAAAUCUUACUGCGUGUACAAUCUGCAGAGGGCACAAAGAGGGUCGAGGUGCAGCCUUCUGACACAGUAUCUCAACUUUUUGAAAAGAUCUAUGAUGUGUUUGAAUUGCAAAGUUUUGGCUUUGGCCUUUACAAACAACGUAACCAAAAAGAAGAAAUUGUAUCCACUCGCAGCAAAACAGUUCAAGGAGUGGGACUGAAACAUGGAGACAUGUUGUAUCUGGCACCAAUUAAUGGUGCUGUACUUUGGGAUACCCCAUCAACCAGCAGUGCCUCCAAUGAUGUAUCCUCAGAACCAAUGGAUGUUACUCCAAGCACCAGUAAAGGAUCUCAGGGACAACAAACAACUAAUAACUUUUUACGGCCACUUUCCAAUGUAGUUGAAGAUGAAGUUGAUCAACAGUUGUGGAAAUUGGAUGGAAAAAUACAAAGAAAACGUGUUGAUAAGUUCUGUCGGCAUGGAGCAAAUGGCUGCUGUGUUCACUGUUCUCCCUUAGAACCAUUUGAUGAGGCAUACCUGAAAGAGCAAAAUAUAAAGCACAUGUCUUUCCACUCCUAUUUAAGAAAACUCACAGCUGGUGUAGAUAGAGGUAAAUUUCUACAAUUAGAAGAUAUAAGUUGCCGCAUUAAAACUGGCUGUAAAGACCAUCCACCAUGGCCUAAAGGAUUUUGCAGUAAAUGCCAGCCUAAUGCCAUAACCCUCAAUCGACAACCUUACAGACAUGUUGAUAAUGUAAUGUUUGAAAAUGCUCAUCUGGUAGAACGAUUUCUAAAUUAUUGGCGUAUUACUGGCCAUCAGCGCAUUGGCUAUUUAUAUGGCAGAUAUGAACAACAUUCAGAUGUUCCAUUGGGCAUCCGGACUGUGGUAGCUGCAAUAUAUGAACCACCACAGGAAAGUACGAGAGACUCUAUAGUUCUAUUACCAGAUGAAAAAGAAGCUCUUGUUGAUGAAUUAGCUCAAUCCUUAAAUUUGAAAAAAGUUGGAUGGAUUUUUACGGACUUGAUUGCUGAUGAUAUGAAAAAGGGCACAGUGAAGCACGUAAGAAAUAUUGAAAGUCACUUUUUAUCCGCACAAGAAUGUAUAAUGGCUGGUCAUAUACAGAAUAAGCUUCCUAAUCCGUGUCGUUUUUCGCCAAACGGUCAUUUUGGCUCUAAAGCUGUAACAGUUUGUGUUACUGGGGAUGACAAAAAUCAAGUGCAUAUGGAAGGAUACCAAGUAACUUACCAAUGCAUGGCACUAGUACGAGAUGGAUGUUUAGUACCUACAAAAGAUGCACCAGAACUGGGUUAUGUGAUUGAAUCAACGGAUAAACAAUAUGUACCAGAUGUCUAUUACAAGGAAAAGGAUACGUAUGGUAAUGAAGUCUCAAGAUUGGCCAGACCACUGCCUGUUGAGUACUUACUGGUCGAUGUACCCGCAUCUACACCACUCACACCUCAAUUCACAUUCUAUGCCAACGAAAAUAUUACUCCUUUCCCAGUAGAACACAGACUAAUCGAUGGCCAAGUUCAAGAAUUCGGUUCCUUGUGUAACUACAUGCAACAGUUCACUCCUGAUCAGUUCCUUGAUGCUGUGUCAGACUUUCAUCUACUGAUAUUCUUUGCUUUUAUGGAUGUCUUACCUUUAAAGAAUCACAUGGGUCCUUUACUGGAAGCUGUUCGUACUCAGGACCGCCAAAAAGCCAAUGAGUGGUCUCACUCUGUGCACUGGGCAACAGUUGAACAACUCAUGUCAGCAACAUCAUCUGCAGGUCCUUCUUCUCAGAAUGCAUUGUUUGGAAAUAAUUCAGGAUCUAGCUCAGCAUCCAAUGCUGGAGGAAUUGGUGUUGGAGCUGGAUCAUCCGACAAUACAAGAGGUGAAUGGACUUGUUCACACUGUACUUACUUGAAUCUUGCAGAACUCAACACAUGUGAAAUGUGUAGUUUACCGAGAAUGCCGAUGUAAAUUUUCAAUAAGAUUAAGUCUCGGAGGAGGAACAAAAACAGCACACAGAAAUGUGUGCAUCCAAUGAUGACUGAUUACUGUAACUAGCCAUUCAGCGUUCUUAUUGAAAUUUUUAAUAACAAAGAAAAACACGGAGAAGCAAGUAAAACUGUGAUAUGAGAAGAAAAGAAAGGCAUCUCGUGCAAACGUGAAAUCAACUACAAGGUUAAACAAACCUUCAAAUGUAAUUUAUUGUAUCGCUACAGAUGUUUUUGCAAAAAAAGGGUGAUUUUUCUCAUCUCUUCAUCGGUAAUUAAUAAUGAAAAAAAGAUACAUUAAUACUAUAAAGCUCAUGUAGGUAACAGUGAAAGGAAAUAAGAAAUUUUCAAUUUGA